CGGGUACGAAGAUGUUAAAGUUGACGAGAAAUUCCCGAAGUUUAUGCACUCGGCAAAUGCCGACAUUUCUUUCCUCUUUACUUUCACGGGCAUCUGCGUGAAGAUUUUUUGUUAGUAGGCAUGGUAUGCCGCUGCGUGCUACGUUAUGGUUGUGUGCUGGAGCCGAAUAGGAUAACGAUGCCUUGUUUUUCGCUGAGGAGCAGAAGACCGAUUGCACCCGGUUAAUUGAACGACAAUCUAUAGGAGGGCUAGGUAACCGGUAACGAUCGAGACACCGCUUUGUUCCCGUCCCUCACACAUAAUUGCGGUCGAACACUCAUAUACGUAUACGUGUGCCAUGCCCUGCUCACCCUUCCUCUUGUAUGCCGCCUCUCUACCCCGAGCUGUACGACUUGAUCAUCGACCACCUCGCGGAUGACUUUGGAGCGCUCGGGGCGUGCGCGCUGGUGUGUAGCGGGUUUUUACCAAGGUGUCGGCAUUAUAUGUUUCGGGAUGUGGUGUUUUAUCCUCCGAGGGCGCCGGGGGAGGAGAGUCGGUGUGGGGUGUUCCUACGGUGUUUUGGGGAUAGGGCUGGGCUUGUGGAGGGUCUGACGGUUUAUGAGAGGGGGUUGCCUGGGGGUAAGGGGAUGCGGACGGAUGAGUGGAUGGGGGAUUUACCGAGGGUGCUGCCGCUGUUUGUAUCCCUGCGGAGGGUGAGGGGAGAGGAGUGUGGUGUACAGGGAGGGCUGUGUAGGGAGUUGGAGACGCUGAGAGUAGGGGACUGGGAGUACCUCUUUGGGAGGGAGGGGGUUAUUUCGUUGGAAAGAUUGAGGGAUGUGGUGUGGCCUGUUACGUCGGAGGUGGGGAGUUGGAUGCCGGGUGUGCAUGAACUGUUUGGGCGGGCGAAGAGGUUGGAGAGGGCGAUGUUGUUGGAUUGGAGGGGGAGUCAUCGGAAUCUUGAUCAUAUCACACCCAUACCGGAUAUCAGUCACCUGCGUUUCCUGACUGUAUUUGUCCCUCUUGCGUAUACGGACCGAUACGAGGUUCGGAGAGCUCUGGUGUGCAGCAAGGACAAGGUGGACAAGGUGGAAACGGCGGUGUCUGUGCUGGAUUGGACGAGGAGGAUGCUCGAUACGGGCGUGAGGUUGGAGGAGGUGGUGAUCAUUGUGAAUGGCAAGUCUGUGGUGGAGGACGAGGCUGUGAGGCAGGCUUGGGCGCGCGUGUUGAGGUCGGGUGUCGUGGUUAGGGUGGAAGGAGGGUGGAAGGAGACGGUGAAGGAAUGGAUUGGAUGGCCGAGGGUAGAGCGCGCAGAGAGGAGAGAGGGGUUGUAUGAGUUGUAGGCUGGCUUGAUGACAGAGCGUACAACAUGUGGUGGUAUAUGCGUCUCCCGGUGUGGACCUGCCGGUGCAACGAGGAGAUUCCUAUCAGCUACGCGUCUUUCUCUGCCGAAUGAUUGUAUGUUGUCUGCCAUGAAAUCGACAGUCUUCUAACAACCAGCCAGGAAUGAGUGUGAGCGAUUG